CAUCGUACGGCCACAUUACUGCGUCCGUCAGUUUCUCGUGCGUCAUCAUUUUGUGAUUAUGUCAGUGAAGUUAGAAGUAUUUCUAUAGACAGAGACAGAAAGAGCAUUUAUUGAUUUUCGUCAAGGUCAAAGUGAAAGUCGCAAUUUUGGAGAAGCCGCCACUACCUAAACAUUGCCAGAAAGAGGUCGAGGAUCGACCGGCGGGAAAGGCACGUGGUGGCAAGCUAGCGCGUCGAGCGCGCUCCUUCAAGGAAGACUUCCUGGAGAAGCUGUCGCAGAUGCGUUCGCCGGGUGCCAGUGGCGCGGCUGGUGGCGGUGGCGGAGGCGGCGGCGGUGGUGGGGGUACGAGAGCCUCGUCGCCGUCAUCACCAGCCGCUGCAACGCAACACCAACAGCAGCAGCAGCAGCAGCAGCAGCAGCAACAACAACAAUUGACCACCUCGUCGUCGAUGGGUUCAGAGUCACUCGACAAGAGUCCACUGCGCGAUCUUCAUGUACACGUGAGGCAGGUGCAAUUGGCAUUGUUACAUUUACGAGAUGUCGUUAGUAAGAAUAAACUGGAGAUGCUACCGGGCAAUGGGACAAUUGUACUGGACACCGUUACGACUAUACACACGCUGCUCAAGUCUUAUCUGCUGUAUGAAAAUAGUUCGACACUAGGCUCGGCGACGAAUCAAGUUUACCAAGCAUUAGCGCAACUAUUGAAACUCUGCGACGACGUGUUGCUACAAGGAGACCAGUCAUCGUCUCUCGAUACAGCCAACGUGGCACACGUCAUAGGUCUCGUCGAGGACGCCGUAAAGAAUCUCGUGGAACUUGCUCAAGAGAAGAUUUCCAACAAGCAGAAGCCGGCUUUGCAAACUCCCAGUAAUAGGACAUCGGGCUACAGUUCAGAGUUGACACCCCAGCGCAACUCGUUGCCUGACAUACCGCUCACGCCACGGGAACGCGAGGUCCUCGAACAGUCAGCCGCCUCGAGUGCUCUGGUCAGAAGCUCCCACAGCUCAGAAUCCAUCCUUAGGGACUCUAGCCCACCGCCAAAGCCACCCUUGCCUGAUAGAACAUUAUGCCUUUCGGGAGACAACAACAGCUCACCAGGUGGCACGCCACCACCUCUACCACCGAAACGUCGAAUACGAACCCAACAGUUGCUGUCGGACGAGCGUGAUUUCGCAGGCGAUGCAAGCGUUUUGGCAUCGAGUCUCGACAGAGUAUCGCUACGAAGUCGUUCACCCGAGGAUUCCUCAUCGCUACUCAGCGCCUCGGCCGGAAGUUUGGACUCGGCGUUAAAUCAUUCUCGCGACGAGGAAGAGAUACGCGCCAUAAUGGGACCCAACGAUGAGUCUUUUAGUGAUAGCAUGGAUCUUAGCCUCAUGGCCACCAUUCGCGGCAUGCAAGUUAACGGAAGCUCACACUGUGGCUGUUGGGACGGUACGGAGAGUAGUCUACCAAGUACAAUGAUGCUGGGUCAGCAGAGCUCUCAGGAAGUGCUCGGUCAGUUUACCGGCAUCGAGGCGAAGAUGGAACGUCUCUCGACGCAGACACAAGAAUCGGGGUUCGUGUCGAUGCAUUCGCAGCGAUCGUCAUCGCAAAGUUAUACUUCCACGAUUAAACGAUCGUCCCAACAAAGAUUCUCGGCCGGUGAAACGAUGACGAGUAAUGGAUCGGUCGUUAGUCACAAAACUACUACGAUGACGAGUUCUAGGAGUCUUCAUAGUGCUACCAAUAUGAGUGGCGAUCCGUCCUUCAUGGAAAAAUUGGUAUAUGAAAUCGAAGCAUUGGCAAACUCGGACAAUGCUGAAAUUCCACCAACCCUGCCGGAAAAGCGCUCGCGUCGACGAAAAGAGCGUCUGCCAUCGCAAUACGACAACGUGCCAGAGAAUGAGCAUUUAUCGACUUGCAGUUUGCAUACUAGUAACGGCAAUAGUCCAAUCGACAACAACAGACCACCACCGCUACCAAUGAAAAAGAGGCACAUGUUCCAAUCUGUGGCAUAUUCUGUAAUGGCGUAUAUGGAAAUGUUUGGCAACUGCUCGCACACGAGUAACGAAUUCAUCUCGGGUCUGGGUACCAGGCACUCAGUUGCUGCAUAUAAUUCUAUGCAGGCAGAGUGGCAGCAGCAUGAGAUGGCACUCACUACCACACAGUCUUGCUCUUUUAUGAGCCAUUCGAUGCACGCAAGUUUGCAUGAUACCUCUGGUCACAUGUUUUCAAUGGCACCAACAAUAAGGGAACUGGCAAACGAGCCUAGUCAACCACCAGCAUUACCGCCUAAAAAAUCGCGUACAUUGAAGCCAACUGCUACGCCGCCACCAAUUUCACCAAAAUCCUUGACAACUAGUGUACAAAAUGUUCAUUUAGAUCCAGUUCUUACCUCGACUCCUGUAAAAAGCGAAGAGUCACUUGUACAUACGCCGGUUAUAAUCGAGAAGAAGGAGAUUAUACCUACGAAUAAUGUAACACUGAACAACAAUUUGAAUCUAGAGACAUCGUCAAGACCAUCUAGUAAAGCUCCAUCAAGUCUCUCUAUAGAUGACAGUUCAUUGGAAUUGCGUGAUGUCGAACCGGAUAGCAGCAUGUUAGACGAAUUAGAAAUAAACAAAUAUUUAGUUAUUAAGAAACCAGAAGAGGAGGGACCUGAUAUUAGAGGGGGACAUCCGGAUGCUCUACUUAUUCAUGCUACGAAAGCAAAUAAACAUGAUGAAAAAGAAUCAGAUUUCCUGUAUCAAGAAGCAUUCUUGACGACGUAUAGAACGUUCAUGUCGCCUUUAGAAUUGAUCAAAAAGUUGCAUAGGCGGCAUCAACGGUUCUCUUGUUCACCCGAUGUGGUUAAGCAACGAGCUGCUAGAGAAGCUUUUUCUCUAUUGGUCAGAGUUGUUAGCGACUUAACCAUAUCCGAUCUUGAUGACAUGCUGAUGCAAACCCUCAUGGAGUUCGUCCAGCAGCUGGUAUGCAGUGGCGACUUAACGAUGGCCAAAGCCUUACGAGUCAAGAUCUUGGAGAAACACACAGCUAAGCAACAGCAAACAGUUCAACCAAUACUCUCUACACUCAGCGUUUCAACCAAGCAAGCCUCGCUGUUAGAUUUUAAAAGCGAGCAAAUUGCAGAACAAAUGACUCUUUUAGAUGCUGAAUUAUUCAUAAAGAUUGAGAUACCUGAAGUGCUUAUUUGGGCACAAGAGCAGAAUGAAGAGCGAAGUCCAAAUCUUACGCGAUUUACUGAGCAUUUCAAUAAAAUGUCAUAUUGGGCACGUUCACGGAUACUAGAACACCGGAUGGAAAAUGAAGCAAAGGAUAGAGAGAAAUUGGUUGUAAAGUUCAUCAAAAUAAUGAAGCAUUUAAGAAAGAUCAACAACUUUAAUAGUUACUUGGCAUUACUAUCGGCACUUGACAGUGCACCGAUUAGAAGAUUAGAGUGGCAGAAACAUAUCACGGAAGGACUAAAAGAGUAUUGCGCAUUAAUCGACAGCUCUAGCAGCUUCAGAGCUUAUCGGCAAGCUUUAGCUGAGACUCAGCCACCAUGUAUACCUUAUAUUGGUCUUGUUCUUCAAGACUUGACUUUCGUACACAUUGGAAAUAGCGAUUUGUUACCUGACAGUAGCAUUAACUUCUCAAAACGAUGGCAGCAAUUUAAUAUUGUAGAAAAUAUGAAGAGGUUUAAGAAAUGUACAUAUAAUUUCAAAAAGAAUGAGCGAAUAAUUGCAUUCUUCAACAACUUUAGUGAUUUUCUAUGUGAAGAGGCGAUGUGGCAAAUUUCAGAGAGUAUCAAACCACGUGGCGGGAAGAAGCCUCAAUCACAGAAUUAACGUAAAUUUAUCCAUUAUUAGUUCUUGCUUUCUCGGGAAUCGAUGAUCGGAGUAUCGUUCAAAUGGUACAAAGAAAUUUGAGAAUAAGCAAGUUGUUUAAAAAAGCAACCUCCGUGAGGUGUUAAGUAAUUUGUAUACCUUGUACACAAUUUCAAGUAGACAAAGCGUUUGUAACAUAUAAUAAUUCUUUACAAUCAAAACUUCAAAAAAAUUACAAUAUAAUAUCGAACUUCCUGUGUUGUGAUAAAUAGACGAAAAUGACAAGGUGAUCGAAACGCCGAAAUGAUCGUUAUAUCUUGUGUAAAUGCGUAACCAAGAUACAAAAAAAUAAUACAAGUAGCGAUGUAAAAAUGAAAUUUCCGUCGUCUGAAAAAAUUAAAAAUUUGAGGCGUAAUUAUUUUAUGCUUUAAUUCCGCUUAGCGUGUGUAAUGCAUCGGAACAGAGUAAUGGUACUCUGAAAAAAUAAAUAUUAGAGCUAAAUUUGCUUAGGCAUCGUAGACAAGUAUUUAUUUGUUUCAUCGACGUAUGUAUAAUGUGUAUAGAGAGAGAAAAAAAAGGAAAAAAUUAGAAAAGGAAUUUUUUAUUUACGUUGAUUUAGGGCAUAUUAGUUACAAAAAAAUAUGCCUGUUUAUCUAGCUUUAUGUAGAUAGAUGCAUUUUCAAUAGUCAACAGCGGAACUGUUGAUUAAACAAGGAUGAACACCAAUUACGUUGAUUAAAUGUAUAGUUUCGUGUCUACGCUUUCAUCUACGCGUAAGACAACGGGGCACAUGAUGUGACUGAAAGCGAACAAAAUAAUACACACUCACACAUAUAAAUAAAUAAAUAAACAAAUACAAAAUAUUGAGUAAAUAACGUUGCCGUACUAUUGUACGUCGCAGGUUUUGUUGGGAUAUUACAAACACUUGUUAGUAGUUGUUCAAGCUUUCAGCUUUACAUCGAUUUGCUAUCUAGGCGAAUGUAAUAGUAAUAAAUUUAAAUGUAAAUCAAUCGUAUGUAUUAGAUAACAAUUUGGUUUUUUGAAACCAUUAAAGCAGUUUUUAUAGUUAAUGAAAAAUUACAUACUUGGUGCUGUUAAUAGUUGUGUCGUAGUUGCUUUCAUGAAGAAUAAAAUGUUAUUUUCUACGUACUGCUUUUGCCAAAACGAACAACAAAAUGAGACGACGAUUAAUUUCAUGAUGAUAAGAAAAAUAUUCAAUUUUAUAAAAAAAAAAACUUAGGUUUUUGAAUGUAUAUUUAUUGCUUUGAGCGUUGCAUAAAACUAUGGAUCUUUGAAUUUAAUAUGUGUGCGAUUAAAUGUGAAUAAAAAAUGACUGAGAAUACAGGAAUACACUCAAGCAAUUAAAAAUAAGUUUAAGAAUGCUUACAUCGAAAUAUAAAUUUUCAUGUGAAUUUACGAUAAAAGUCUGUUGAGUGUGUUAACGCCAUAUGGUGACAAUUGGUUUUGCAAGAUAAAAUAAAGUCUCCGUGCGAGCGCUGAUGUGAUGUAAGCUAUCUAAGGUUUUCUGAAAUUGAUUACGAAACAAUUUACAAAUUAUAAAUUGUCAUUUAAUUUCGACAUAAUACUAGUCAUAGUGAGUAGUAGCAAUCGUUUCAACCCUCGCAUGUGAGUUACGAAAAAUAAAUUUUAAAAAUAUGGCCUAGAGUGACCAAUCUGUAAAGCAAUCCGACCAUAUCUUGCAUUGAAAAUUAUUCAAACAUACCACCUACACCAAUGUAUUUUUGUAAACCUAAAUUUUAGCCCUUCCAAUGUUUCUAAAAAUACUUUUACAGGCUCUACUUACACGUGAAGAUCAUUGAUAAGGUAUUUGAAAAUUCACCUUGUAACAUCAAAAUAUAAUCACUUACAAAAUCCUGUAUCGGGCACAUAUAAGUACUAAGAUAUUUUGAGCAAACUAAUGUUUUUGAAGUGAUAGUUUUGAAAGAAUAUGUGUGAGACGUGCAUGGAUCAAUAAAAAGAAUGCAGACAGCGCAAAUGUCUGAAAUUAUUGCAUAGAUUAUUACUAAAACAAAUUGUAAAUAAAAUUAGCCGGUUCAACUUGUUUCUCGUAUUGCUAUAAUAUUUAUUACUUAUAACUGUUGUGUGUGUGUGUGUGCGUGCGUGCGUGCGUGCGUGCGUGCGUCUGUUAUAUCUAUGUAUAUGUAAAGAUAUCGAUUCCAAAUCACACUUUGCAUUGUUUUUAGAUAAUUUACACUGUCCACGCGAUGCCAUACUUUCUACAUCAUAGUCACGUUUAUACAAGGUUUAUAUUAUUUUUAUUUGACAUAAAACUUUAAAUUAAAAAUACAUAUUACGUUAUGCAUUUUAUAAUUAUUAUUUACAUCAACAUAUUUUUAUUAUUACUAUUUUUACUCCAUAGUAGGAAAUUUCUGUCUGUAGCAAAACCACAUUCCUAAUAAUGAUGCAUUUUAAAUGUAACCACUUCUGAAAUAUUAUCUGUACUAAUAUUUUUAUUGAAUCAAACUCUUAAAAAAAUCAAAUGAAUGUUUUAAAUAUUCUUACAAUUUCUGAUAUAAAAUGUUAAAAACGUAGAUGCUGUAGUAUUUUAAAGAGUGCAAUUUAACAAGUCUUCCAAUAAUCUUGUUCAACAAAGCCUCAUAUACCUUGAUUUAAUGAUAUAUUUUAUAUUUUAUUUUUGACCAAAUAAAAACUUUUAAACGACUGAUUACUUCAAAUGAUUUUUUAUAAUCUUAAUAUGUAAUGAAAAUAUAUUAAAGUAUUUUAUAAAAAAAAUGUUUUCAUGUAUCUUCAUCAGUGUUGUGGAAGUAAAUAAAAGCACAAUGUUUCAACACGAUAGCCACUUUUGUAGACAUUUAGAUAUCUUCAUAAUUUCAAUAUUUCAAUGCACAGACAGAAUUUUUCCCUCAAAAAAUUAACUUCUAUUAAUAAUGUACUACUGCAAAAACAGCUAUAAUACUUAAAACUAAUCACGAGUGAGAUUAACAAAACAGUGAAUGUGCAACGAAAUAAAAUUGUAUAAAUAAUUAAUAAAAAAAAAUAAUUGUAUAAAAAAUGAACUAUUAUACUCGGUGAAAUCGUUUAUAGGUAGAUAGGCAAGGCAAAUAAGAAGAAAGUAUCAAGCGAAUGUGAUCCCGUUCCCAUAACCACGCUGAUUCCUUAAAAAGAAAAAUAUAUAUAGAAUUCGUGUGUACACCGUAAAAAAUCGAUGUUUUUCUAUUUCUUCAGCUUAAUGUAUGUGCUUUUCUGGGAAAAGUCAUUUAUAAAGGAUUUAAUAUGUAUGCGCAUGUAGUCUCCAAGAUUGCAUCGUUUAGAAGCAAUCGAGGAAAAAAUUGGUGUUCCAAUAUCAAUUAAUAGAUAACAAUUUUUAACAUUACAAACAUCUCGGACAUUCAUACAGAACUUAUACAAGUAGUUUGUAUCUAUACCGCCAGGUGCUGCACCACUGCAUUUAAGGCAAGAAAAUCAUUGAUCAUAUUUUUAUAAUUGAAGUAUAAAAUUUUUAAAAUUAUUUCUAUACACAAAAGAAAUGCUGAAAUGUGACAUCAAUUAUGUUAUAAUAUUGAGAUUUUUAUAACUUACUAAUUUUCUUGACUUAAUAUAAUUAAUAUAAUUAUGUCAAUGUUAGUGACGGAUCAUCAAAUGAUAUUUAAAAAUGUACUUGCGUUGAGUCUGAAAAUAUUUUGUUUAUGUAGCCGUAUUACAAUUUAAUUUGAACAAAUAAAAAAAUAGUAGUUACUUAAGAGUCAACAUCAUUUAUUUGUCGCUAUAUGUAACUUCUCGCACAAACCAAUCAACGCUCAUACAACGUGUUAAGUAAAGAACUAAUAUGCAAAUAGACCAGACAACUGUCAGCAAUUAACGCAAAUAACGCUGUUCUAGCAAAUUUUUAUCGAACAAAAAAGAAAAAAAAUAGGUGUAUACUCUUAGAGUUGUAGCGACUGAAAAACUAAUUCAAAUCGUAGGAUCGACAGAAACGUAUCCAUUUACUAAACGAUGUUAAACAAAACUAAGCUGUAAGAGAAUAUAUGAUCUCACGCAAGCACUUGAAACGUUUUUGCAUCAACAAAUCAAAAAAGAAACUAAACAUCUUUUAUGUUAAUUCAAAUGAAACAUUGUACGGGUAUGACGAUCACACAUAGUUUUUUAAGCAGCAAUAAAAAAAACAGUAAAAACUAUAAGGAAACUAAAACGAUACAUAUCUUUGAAGGAAAAAGGAAAAAUUAACAAACUCGUUGCCAUUAUCUGGAAACGAGAAGCAGAGACGAUGGACGCAAUUGUAUACUUUUACUUUUCUCGCAAUGUGUUUUUUGUAAUUUUCUCACUUGACUUUCGUGGCUGCGGCGUUGAAUAAUUUGCGCAUACUGUAAAUAUAUGAUUUCUCUGGAGCAACAAAAUAUAUACGCAACAAGACAACACAAAAAAUGGACGCGACUUCUAGCAUUAUGGCGAAAAUCAAGCAAUUAGUGUGAUAGCGUAAUCGUGUACAUUUUUUUAGCUCUUAAGGAACAUUUUUAAUUAUCGUCUGAUGAAAAAGUGGAAAUAAAGACACGAUUGGUU